AUGUCUGCCGACGUAUCGCGAAUCUUGCCACCAGACUACCAUCUCAAAGAAGCAGAACCGGAACACUGUCCUGGUCCAGAAUCCGAGAAAGCCGGUCAAGGCGAUGCCUGCGACGGAUGUGCCAACAAAGAGAUCUGUGAAAGCUUACCGAAGGGCCCGGACCCAGAUAUCCCGCUAAUCACGGAAAACUUGGCUGGAAUAGAACACAAAAUUCUAGUUCUGUCAGGAAAAGGAGGUGUAGGAAAAUCAACUUUCACGUCGAUGCUUUGCUGGGCUUUGUCAUCGGAUGAAGAUUUGCAAGUAGGAGCCAUGGAUCUGGAUAUUUGUGGGCCCUCGCUGCCGCGUAUGCUAGGUUGCAAUAAUGAAAGUGUUCAUGAAUCAAAUACCGGCUGGUCGCCGGUAUACGUGGCUGACAAUCUGGCAACGAUGUCGAUCCAAUUUAUGCUUCCGCAAGACGAUUCUGCUAUUAUAUGGCGUGGGUCCAAGAAAAAUGCAUUGAUCAAAAGAUUCUUAAAAGACGUGGACUGGGACGCUUUGGACUACCUAAUAGUGGACACCCCACCGGGCACGUCUGAUGAGCACAUUUCAAUCAAUAAGUACAUGAAGGAAUCUGGGAUCGAUGGUGCUUUGGUUGUGACCACACCCCAGGAAGUCGCUUUGCUUGAUGUUCGCAAAGAAAUCGAUUUUUGUCGGAAAGCGGGUAUCAAGGUUUUGGGAUUGGUCGAAAAUAUGAGUGGAUUUGUUUGCCCAAAUUGUAAGGGCCAAUCUCAGGUUUUCAAACCCACUACCGGAGGAGGCCAAAAAUUAUGCGAGGAACUGGGUGUUCCGUUCUUGGGAUCUGUCCCACUCGAUCCAAGAGUGGGUAGAUCUUGCGAUGAAGGCAAAAGUUUUUUGGACGACUUUCCGGAGAGCCCUGCUUCUGUGGCUAUCUUGAAUGUUGUGGAGCGACUCCGCGACGCCGUUGGUGAUGUAUAG